AUGUUCAACCGUCUAUUGCUCGGGCUCACUGCCUGCUCGAGCCUUAUCGCGGCUAUUCCUAUAUCGCAAGAUGCCACAGAGGUUUCCAAGUUCAUUGCUGCUCGGGCCCCGGUCGACAACUGCACGGGCUACUCCGCCUCGAAUGUUGUGAUGACAGACUCCAGCCUCACCGCCGACCUUACUCUCGCAGGCGCAGCGUGCAACUUGUACAGUGAGGAUAUCAAAGACUUGAAGUUGGUCGUCGAGUACCAGACUAACGAGCGCCUUCACGUGAAGAUCUAUGACGCUGCUGAGCAGGUCUUCCAAGUCCAGGAAGAAGUCUUUCCCCGCCCCAAGAACGAGAAAGGAGCCUCCGGAAACUCGGCUCUUCUAUUCGGUAUCAAUGAGAACCCGUUCUCUUUUGCGGUAAAGCGCAAGGAUAACGACGAGGUCCUUUUCGACACCAGUGCCACUCCCUUGGUCUUCGAGAAGCAGUACGUGCGGCUCCGCACUAAGCUUCCCGACAACCCAAACAUCUAUGGACUUGGUGAACACAGCGACUCUUUCCGAUUUGCCACCGACAAUUAUGAGCGUGUGUUGCUGAAUGCGGAGUCGCCAAACAUUCCUAACAACGCCAAUCUCUACGGAACUCACCCCAUUUACUUUGAUCACCGUGGCGACAAGGGUACACAUGGCGUCUUUCUACUCAAUUCGAGCCCAAUGCAGAUCAAUGUCAAGAAGGCCGACGCUGGCUACAAUUAUCUGGAAUACAACACUAUCGGUGGCAUCAUCGAUCUGUACUUCAUGGCUGGUAGCAAGCCCGCCGAUGUCUCCAGGCAAUAUGCAGACAUUGCCGGUUACUCAGCAAUGUACCCAUACUGGACCUUUGGCUUCCACCAAUGCAAGUACGGGUACUGGGACGUUAACAUGGUCGCUGAGGUUGUUGGUAACUAUUCGACUGCUGGAAUUCCCCUCGAGGUCAUGUGGACCGACAUUGACUACAUGAACCUUCGUGAAGAUUUCACUACCGAUCCUGACCGCUUUCCAAUGACAAAGAUGCACGAGUUGACCACGACUCUGCAUUCCCGCGAUCAGCGGUACAUUUUGAUUCUCGACCCUGGUGUCCAUGCUGUAAGCAACUACGACACCUACCAGAAGGGUCAUGAGAUGGACGUGUUCUUGAAGGCAGCCGACGGUAGCGACAUGCUCGGUGUCCAAUGGCCCGGUGCUGUAGCUUGGCCAGAUUGGUUUGCGCCUAACACUGAGAAGUGGUGGACCGACCAGUUCAAGACCAUCUUCAACGCCGACUCCGGUAUUGACAUUGACGGUGUUUGGGUCGAUAUGAACGAAGCCUCGAAUUUCUGUCAAGAUGUGACGACAUGCAAUCCCCGCCAGAAGGCCAUCGACGAUGGUAUCCCGCCCAAGCCCGCGAAUGCACCGCGUCCUAACACUGGCCGUCCGAUCCCUGGCUUUCCCGCCGAUUUCCAACCUGGCAGUUCCAAAGCAAAGAAGUCGCUGGCUGCUCGUCAGACGACUGGAAACAUGAAGGGUUUCCCCGACCGUGAAUGGUUCUCACCUGCAUACCACGUCAACAGCCACUUGGGUGACGUAUCUCGCCAAACCAUUCCCUUGAACACUACAAACUACGAUGGUAGCUGGCAAUACGACACGCACAACCUGUACGGUGACAUGAUGGCGGCGACAACCCGUGAAUCAAUGCUUGCCCGCCGUCCCGAACUCCGCCCCUUUGUACUGACGCGAUCCACCUUUGCUGGUGCCGGCCGCAAGGUAGCCCACUGGUUUGGCGACAACUUCUCCGACUGGGAGGACUACCGCACCACGAUCCGGCAGAUGCUGGCUUUCGUAGCCAUGCACCAGAUGCCCAUGGUCGGCUCGGAUGUUUGCGGCUUCAACGGAAACGCAGACCAGUACAUGUGUGCUCGAUGGGCGAUGCUCGGGGCUUUCCAGCCCUUCUACCGUAACCACGCCGAGCUGAGCACCAUCCAACAAGAGUUCUACCAGUGGCCCAUUGUCACGGCCGCGGCGAAAAAGGCAAUCGACACGCGCUACAAGCUCCUGGAUUACAUCUACACGGGUCUAUACUACCAAACUCAAGACGGCACCCCGAUGAUCAACCCCCUCUUCUUCCUGUAUCCCACGGAUGCCAACACGUUCGCCAACCAAGAGCAGUGGUUCUACGGCGAUGCGCUCCUCAUCUCGCCCAUCAUGGCAGAUUACUCCGACACGGUGACCUUCUACAUGCCCAAGGACACCUUCUACGACUACUGGACGUUUGCCAAGAUGGACGGCCAGGGCCAAAACGUCACCGUUAGCAAUCUGACCUACACGGAUAUUCCCGUGCACAUCCGCGGCGGCACCAUCAUCCCCCAGCGUGUCAACAGCGCCAAUACUACAAAGGCGCUGCGUAAGGAGGACUUUAGCAUUCUUGUUGCGCCUGGUGCGGAUGGGAAAGCGUCGGGACGGUUGUACCUUGAUGACGGCGAGAGCUUGAAGCAGGCGUCCACGAGCGAGGUAUCGUUUUCGUUUGACAAGGGCAAGUUUAGUGCAAGUGGCAACUUUGGCUAUGGCGGUGCGGACGGGGAGAGCAUCACUGUUGCCAAUGUUGUUGUCUUGGGUCAGGACAAGGGUGGUGCCAAGGGCGAGUUUGACGCGGGCAAGGGGACUGUUACGGUAAAGGGGCCGUUUAAGAUGACGGGAGAGUUUGGGUUUCAGUUGUAG